GGACACGGCUCGGUGCGCAAGCGCUCAUGCUAGUAGCUCUUCAAGUCCUGUAAACAGAGGGGCCAGCUAAAGGCAGUUUAUGCUUCCGGGUCACGUCUUGACAGCGGCUCUCACGACCCAGCUCAACCCAGCAGUUCGGCAGUUUGGAGCAUGUGAACAUACCGUGAGCCUUGAUGAGUUCCAGUAUGUGGUAUAUUAUGCAGAGCAUUCAGAGCAAAUACUCUCUCUCAGAGCGCUUAAUCCGAACAAUCGCUGCCAUUCGUUCCUUCCCCCAUGAUAAUGUAGAGGACCUCAUCAGAGGGGGAGCAGAUGUGAACUGUACCCAUGGCACACUGAAGCCCCUGCAUUGCGCCUGCAUGGUGUCAGAUGCUGACUGUGUGGAGUUACUCCUGGAAAAAGGAGCCGAGGUGAAUGCCCUGGAUGGUUAUAACCGAACAGCCCUCCACUAUGCAGCUGAGAAGGAUGAGGCUUGUGUGGAGGUCCUGUUGGAGUAUGGUGCAAACCCCAAUGCACUGGAUGGCAACCGAGACACCCCACUUCACUGGGCAGCCUUUAAGAACAAUGCUGAAUGCGUGCGGGCCCUGCUAGAGAGUGGGGCCUCUGUCAAUGCCCUGGAUUACAACAAUGAUACCCCACUCAGCUGGGCUGCCAUGAAAGGGAAUCUUGAGAGCGUUAGCAUCCUUCUUGAUUAUGGUGCAGAGGUCAGAGUAAUCAACCUAAAAGGCCAGACACCAAUCUCCCGUCUGGUGGCUCUGCUGGUCAGGGGACUUGGAACUGAGAAAGAGGACUCUUGCUUUGAGCUCCUCCAUCGAGCUGUUGGACACUUUGAAUUAAGGAAAAAUGGCACCAUGCCACGAGAAGUGGCCAGAGACCAGCAGCUAUGUGAAAAACUGACUAUUCUGUGCUCAGCCCCAGGAACUCUAAAAACACUCUCUCGCUAUGCUGUGCGACGUAGCCUGGGACUCCAGUAUCUGCCAGAUGCAGUGAAGGGCCUUCCACUGCCAGCUUCUCUGAAGGAAUAUCUGUUACUUGUAGAAUAGUCUGCAGGAGACAUUUGCACCAUCAUGCAGGCGACUCUGGGUGAGGUUUUCCCCUGCAGUUCUUUGUCUUGGAAAACAGGAAAAGCAGUCGUUCCUGUUGUGUGGUUUAUAUUUUGAGGCAACAUGUCACAACAGUAACCUCCACACCACCCCUAUCCCCAAACCAAGUAACCAAACAAAAAAAAUCUCUCACUUUUGUCGUGUUUACUGCUUACUUGGCUCUUUACGUAGCAACCUGCAAAGAGGUCUCCCCUACCCUCUGCUUUAGAGAAAAAGUCAACAGUGCAACUAAAUAUCUCUCGGAAGAUGUAAAGUACUUAAAGAAUGUGUGUUUGGUUUUCCUUUGGGGACAUAACGUUUUGGAAGAAUCUCUCUAGAAGCCUUUCAAUUAUCUGUGAAAAAGUUUAAGAAAAUUCCAGCUAACAUUGUGGCUCCACAAUGAAAAUACUACAACCUCAAAUAGUGUGCAGACUGAGAAGUGGGCUGGAUAGUAUCUCUAGAGUGCCAUGUCAUGGGGCAUUCAGAAGGGACUGGCCCCCUUUCUCACCAUCAGAGGAAAGAGCAGUUUUUCCUCUUUUCCAUGGUUGUGCCCAAGGGUUACAAUCGUUGAGCAAUGUUAUUUCAGAAAGAUUGUCUCACUGCUUUCUACAUGGUAGAAGAGACAGCAGGUUCCAGCAGUCCCAAGAACUUUUCUUUUACUGCAGUUCUUUCUCUUCCUGAAAGCCAAAGCUUGCUCCAAAGGCUUAGCAGGCAUUUUCUGCACCACAGAGGAAGGUGUUUGCUCUAGUAGGGGAGGAGCUGGGCUGCCUUUUCCCAUGGGUCUUCCUCAUUCCCUGUACGAAGCUCACUCGGCUAGGAGUCCAGAGUUAUUUUUCUUUCAGUUGUUUUGAAAACUUUGCUUUUUCCUGAUCUAUACGAGACAUUGGUGGGGGCAGGCAGAGUUGGGGAGUGAGGGAAGAGAAUUAUAAGAGCUUCUUUUGAGAUGGCCUACCUACCCCUAAAUAAUCUGUUUUAGUGAACAAUACUUAGUCAACAAUACUCUUCCUUUUCAUAUUCCUAAACUAGAUGAAGUUGUUACUGAUCUUAGAUGACUGGUAUGCAAAUCUGAAAAAACUUAUUAAAAAAAAAACAAUUGCAAACUACGAAUAAAAAUGAACAGAAUCUGCUGACACAGCUAAUUUUAAAAGGUACGUCUGCUUUUGCCCUUUUGCCAUUGGUGUUUAUUGUGCACUUCAAAAAAAGUAAUAAACAGUUUUAAAAGCAA